GCUCCCCCCGGCGCCCCCAGACCCCAGCCUCCAGCACCGAGCCUGAAGGUAGGAGCAGCAGCCCAGGCAGGAGGACGAGGAGGAGGAGGAGCCGUCGCAGGAUGAAGGAUCGGACUCAGGAGCUGCGGAGUGCGAAAGACAGUGAUGAUGAGGAGGAGGUGGUCCAUGUGGAUCGGGAUCACUUCAUGGAUGAGUUCUUUGAGCAGGUGGAAGAGAUCCGGGGCUGCAUUGAGAAGCUGUCGGAGGAUGUGGAGCAAGUGAAAAAACAGCACAGCGCCAUCCUGGCCGCCCCCAACCCGGAUGAGAAGACCAAACAGGAGCUGGAGGACCUCACUGCAGACAUCAAGAAGACGGCCAACAAGGUUCGGUCCAAAUUGAAAGCGAUCGAGCAAAGCAUCGAGCAGGAGGAGGGGCUGAACCGUUCCUCCGCGGACCUGCGCAUCCGCAAGACCCAGCAUUCUACACUCUCCCGGAAGUUCGUGGAAGUAAUGACCGAAUAUAACGCGACCCAGUCCAAGUACAGGGACCGCUGCAAGGACAGGAUCCAGCGGCAGCUGGAGAUCACCGGAAGGACCACAACCAACGAAGAACUGGAAGACAUGCUGGAGAGCGGGAAGUUGGCCAUCUUCACUGAUGAUAUCAAAAUGGACUCCCAGAUGACGAAGCAGGCGCUGAAUGAGAUCGAGACGAGGCACAACGAGAUCAUCAAACUGGAAACCAGCAUCCGCGAGCUGCACGACAUGUUUGUGGACAUGGCCAUGCUCGUGGAAAGCCAGGGCGAGAUGAUUGACCGAAUUGAAUACAACGUGGAACAUUCCGUGGACUACGUGGAGCGAGCUGUGUCUGACACGAAGAAAGCCGUGAGAUAUCAGAGCAAGGCCCGGAGGAAGAAAAUCAUGAUCAUCAUUUGCUGUGUGGUGCUGGGGGUGGUCUUGGCGUCAUCCAUUGGGGGGACGCUGGGCUUGUAGGCCCACCACCCCUACCUCCCCCAGACCCUUCCCCCACCACAUCGGGAGCAAUACCCCCACUACCCCUUUCACUCCAUCCCCUGCUCCAGGCUCACCCCCAAGACAGACCCAGGCAGCCCUCUCCUUACCCCACCCCCCCCAUCAGACCCUGGAGUCCCUGGACCUCACUGCACCAUGGACCCUCCCCCCACAUAAAUAGCAGCAGGCGUGAUUACACAUGCACACCAACAUGCAUGCCGCCGGCACGUGCUCGAGACGAGUGGACACCCCAGCGUGUGUGUGUGCGUUCACAGACGUGUGUAGAAGCACCACAGCACCCUUCUUGCCCCCACCUUGUCUGUGUGUCGUCUUAGCUUUCCCCUUCGCUCGGUUGUUGUGUAGACUGUGGCCGGGAUCACACAGCAGCCCACCACGCCCUGCUCUGUCUUCUGUGAAUAGGUGUGUGUGUCCACAGAUCUGUGGACACAUAAUUUGUGUACAUGGGAUUUUGUGUUUGAGUGUUUGAAUCUAAUGCAAUAGCACUUCUUCCACUGACACCCCUCCCCCACACCUGCUACAAACGGGGCAGGUUGUGCGUGCCCUUCCCAAAGGAUCCAGGUAGGCCCAAGUUCACGGGCCAUGGCAGGCACCCCACCGAGAUGUGGAGCACAUCUUCCUGGUUUAGUCACCCCAGGCCUGGGUCCCGGGGGAGAGUGUGUGUGUGUGUGUGUGUGUGUGUGUGUGUGCGUGCGUGUGUGUGUGUGGUGAGCCUUGGAGUUGAGCCAACGUGAGUGGAAGCAUACACAUAUAAAUAACCUCGCUUGGCUUGUAUAUACAUGUGCAUUUCCCCAGCUGAUGAUGCGAGAACUGUGUGUGUCUCAGGAUCUGCCUGAAGUGCUGGCAGGUCUCCCCAGACAGAGCAUCCAUGCUGCGCCCUGGACACGGCUGGGCGGGCACAGGACGCUGUGUGGACGGUCCGUGUGAGCGUGUGUGUGCACUGGCACGGAGGCUUGCUCCACGGUGUUUCGGUCCCGUUUAUAUAUGCGCACACGUUUCUCUUUAAGGUCUCGCGCCCCAUCCAGGCUUGUCUAUGCAGAUUGAUUUGCCCCUCCCUCUCUCCCCGGAGCUGCUGCCAGCAUCUGGUAAUGGCCACACGCUGCAACAUCAACAUUGUGCAACUGGCGCGUCCUGCCCUGCCAGGUGUCAGAGCCCUGACACAGCCAGGCGCUUCUUUUCCUCUGUGUCCCGGCCAGAGGACAGGCCCGCACCCGUGAGGGCUGGGACACGUGUGCUCAUCAUGCCCAGGCUCAGGAGGCCUCGUGUAGGUGACCACACCCAGGCACACAGCAGCACACGUGCAUGCUACCAUGGGCAUGGCGCCCCGACAGGCCUGCCCCCAUUUGCACAUGAAUGCCUCCUGGAAGGGCCAGCGUGAGAACGUUACUGAUGAGGCCAGUGCGGAGAGUGACCCCAGACAGCUAGGGAAUGAGCAUUCCUGCCUCCCGCACACUUACCUCAGAAUAUGGGUCUCCCUCGCCCCAUUUGAUGCUCUGGGCUCCGUCUCAGGGACCUUGGUUUGGGGAGCUGUUUGUCGCAGGUGCACUGGAGUGGCCAGUGUGGCAGCAGCCACUCUGGAUGGGCUAAGUCCCGGGAUCCAUCCCCUGGACACAUUUGCUGAAAUGUCUGCAAUCGCUGCUCCCCAACCAGGGUGAGCCUGAGGGUGGGCACAGGCCUGGGUUUCUGAUGGUGAGGAAAGGGCUAGCUCCUCCCUUGUGUAGGCGACACAUGCACAUUCCCUAGCUGUCUGGGGUCCCUCUCCACACUGGCCUCAUCAGUAACGUUCUCACGCUGGCCCUUCCAGGAGGCAUUCAUGUGGGUUCGUGCGUUUGGUGGCUGAUGGGAGGCACCUGAGCGAAGGAUGUCAGAAGCCCCCGCACUCCGUGGCUGAGGAACAUGGACCCACAUAUACAGGACUGAACACCCAAGUACAGGAAGUGCCCUGCCCUCGGGGUGGGCAAGGGUAAAGGACUCAGGGUUGUGUGCAGAUCAUUUCCCAGGAUUCCACUUUAUGUGAAGUGUGUGUGUGUGUGUGUGUGUGUGUGUGUGUGUGUGACAAUGCAGAUGUGACCUGGGACACAGUACCCUCCCACCCCCAUGCCAGCUCUUCCCUGCCUGGCUGCUUGGGCUCUGCUUGUGUGUGGCCAAUACAUGUAAACCCCGAGCUGUGCUGUCCUGAAGAGGGGUGCCCGACUGCAUUCCCAGAAUGCCCUUCUGCAGGACAGGAAGUGGCCCUGUGUCUGCCGGCAGCCCUCCCGCUCCCUUCUCACUUCUUUGGGGACGUCAGAGAGGACCCCAGCACUUCCCCCCGCUCCCUCUUUCCUUCCGGUUGCCCGGCCAGGACACCCUUCCGCCCAGGUGUUUCCCGCACUCCCACAGCCUUGGGGCCACCCGGAGGCUGGAGCCAGGCAGCUGCCUCCUGGCGUGGUAUUAGGCCCACAGCUGCCCAUCCCAGCGUCAGACCAGAGGAUCCCGAGGUCUGCUGUGCGCCAGCCUCCACAAGUCCCAGCCUCAUAUGUGUUUGCGUGUUGGCUGCUGUGUCCCGUGUGUUCUGGAGUGUUGUCUGGGGGGGUGUCUUUUACGUGGUCUUGGAGGAGUGUGUGCUGCCCACCCUCCACACCUACAACCAUGUGUGCCCCGUGGGUGGUCCCGGGCCUGGCCAGGGCUCACCGCUUCCCUUUCCCUUCCCCCUCUCGCCCUAGCUCUGCCUCUCACAAAGCACACUGCGCGUGUCCAUCCCAUGUGCCUGUGGGUCGAUGCACGCUCAUGCCACGCCUUGAGCGUGUGUACAUGAUGUGUUCUAUGCAUUCACCCUGCCCCCCAGCCCGCCCCGCAAAGGACAAGAUGGUGGCCCCCGGUCCCUUCCACCCCACCUGCCCCCUGCCCGCUGUGCAGCCGUGUGCGUUGGCGUGUGUUUCCGUGUCGCUGGCGUGUCACGUGAUGUAGCUGUGUUUGCUGACAUGAGCCCCGCCCCCUCUGUUUCUCCUUUGGUUUCUAGAGCUCUUUCCCUUGCCUCUCCAGAGGGGACAGGACUCUUGGGGCCUGGCUGGGGGCCCAGAGCCAGGCCGCCCUCUCCUGUUCGCCCUCAGAGACCCAUUUCUCUCUAUUGGUGACCAAGUUGCAAAUGGAUAAAACACAGGAAAAUUCUGCCCUCUCUCCCCAGCCCUGCAUGUCCUGUCCCCAGAGCCCCCUACCCCCACCCUGGGCCGGGUUGGGCCCCGUGGAACGGGAGAAAUAGCAACCAAUCCAACAGCGGG